UCAUCUUGCUUAUCACUGCUAUCUUCUAAUUUUGCUGACGCGUGUCUAGCUACUACGCAGAUGUGCCAGCAGAUCUUUCUUUCUGUCGUCGGGGCUCGUGGUAGACAGUGGCGCGGAGAUGUGGACGAUUGGCUUCGCCCUGCUUGUCGCACUGGUCGUGUCCCUCUGUCACAGCCUCGGUCGCUGGUUGAUCAGGUUCAGUCCGGAAAAGAAGAGCUCCAUCAACCCGACUGCCUACCAGCCUUUCGGCCUGGGACCACGCAUAUGCAUCGGUCGGCGUCUAGCGCUUGUUGAGCUGGUUUCAGCUGCCGCGCAAACGCUGCGCCACUAUCGCAUCGUCCUGGGCAAAAGUCAAAAGCGGGACCUCGAGAUUGGCACCUACUCUAUUAUGGCCGCACCUAAAGAGAAAGUGUUGAUCCGACUGCAUAGGUUGAAGGGGGUGAAUUGAGGUCCGAAGUGACUCUACCGUGGAAAUUCGUACUUUUGAAUUGUACGAAAUGGCACACGUAAUGCAAUAGUUCGUAGCCCAACGUGGUAAGGUAUACAGUUGAUAAGUCACUGCUAUUUGCAUGUUGUAAUUAUGCAAUGAAUAAAAUGGAACUGUGGAACCAUUA